GUUCCUUUUGCAGCAUCCAAGAAGAUGGUGUCGAACGAGAACGCGAUUCCUAUGAUGCAGUCUUGGUCGCGUAGACUCCCAGACUCCUGCACCCUGUCGAAACGAAAGGAGAUAGGCUGACCAGCGGACGCAAAUCCACUCGACUAGCGGGUGCGUCGAUCGGCCCGGAAUUAUGAAUAAAUAUUUGUCGCGGGGCCGUAGGAGAAUUGUAUCGAUCCCUUCUCGGUUACGUCUCGUUUCCCUGUGCGAGAGUAAAAGGAGCUCGCGACAAUGAGGUGGCAUCGUCCGUUGUCGCGACUUGGAAUCGACGCGCGCCGCAAGUAAAGGCGCACGCUCAUGCGCGAGCGACCCGAUCGUGCCACGCGACUUCUGCACGUGAAGUCGCGUGCGGACCGGAAGCGGGAGACCGGAUAUUUUAGCUCGAGUCAGGGGCCUUGCUCUGCGGAACGACACGUAAUCGAAUGAUCGAUAUCAAGGUCCUCGCGAGUUACACUACGGAGCACGGCCUCCGUCGUGACUCACGCCAGUAUUUACCUGUAAGAAAGGAACGACACGUUUUUAAAUCCCUGUGGUCGUGUGUCAGCCCACGCUCGACGAAACACCUUUUGAUUUUACGAUUCCGAGGUAUUCGAGAUACGAUUAAUUCAGAUAAAAAUUACGUUGCAGGCCGUAGUCGAGUUCGGAGGGUAGAUGCGAAGCCGGAUUCCCUUCUUAAUUCGCGAGGACAUGCCAUGGGGGUACCUGUGGGAACGCUGUCCCUUCGGCAGCGAGACAGGGAUUGAAAGGAGCAGAAGGGUGCGCGGGGAGAGAGAUAUAAUGCGCGGCGCAAGGACUCCUCUCGAUGGGCGACGCGAAUUCGGACCACACCGGGCGAGGAAGAAUGCCUCUGGCUCGCGGCGUACACGCACGGCCACGCGAUCCACUUUUUUCCCCUCGUUUCUGCUCGUGCUCCUUGGACGUGUGCUGGGCGUGUGCGGAUCCUCGCGAUAUGUCCUCUCCGCGUGAUACGGCGUUGUUAUUCGAGACGCACGUUACAAUCCAACGCUACCGUCUACUUCAUAGCGAUUACACCGUUAACUCUUGCGCUCCUUAGGAGACUCCCGGUCGCCGCUAAGUUUUAUAUAGCAACUGUAGCAGGGUUGUACAGAUAGUACGGGUAGUAACAGGCGAAAGUCUUUGUUUAUGUUACAUGAAAAAUAGCAAAGAAGGCAUUUCGAAUAAGAAUAUACCAGUUUCCGUGGGUGGGUUAAUCGCGGUCGAUCGAUCCGCAGUGAAAAGUUAACGAUACGAUUAGUCAGCUUGGUUCCCAGGCGCACGGCCGGCGGUAAUCGUGCGAGCGCGUGCUACGUACCAUUCCUGUGUGAACUUUUAUCGUGAUAGCACCCUCCCUCGUAGACGCCCACCCUCCGCCCUUCGUGACCGCGCCAGAGCCGUGCGAGUUCUGUGUGCCGAGAGGCGAUGCAGGGGUGUCAGGGAAGUGAUUUCAUGGUGGCGCACAUAUCAAUUUGCGGGAUCGGGGGAAAACGUGGGACCGACUCGAAGUCUUGCUUCCUAUCGAGCGCAAAUCUACGUCCUGCCUUCAUUUUUCUCGCAGACUCAUUUCAAUUACGUGUUGACUUUCAAACCCUUACUUUAGAUAUACUAUAACAGGAUUGUCAGAUACAGAAUGUAAUUGGAAUGUAGUUCGUUUCUUUUCGGAAUGACGAGGUACUUCAAAUUAAGCUUAGCAUUUAAUCAAACAUGCAAUUCGAUCCACUUAAUUCGACCAAAAGUAGUUUAAACAAAGUCGUGCUUUAUGAUUUCAUUCACGUCCUCGGUGGACAGCGUCGUAAUCCCAAGAGGCAUUAUCUCUCAACGACAUUCGAUCGGUUGAUAAGGGUAUCUGGUCCAGCAGAAAGGUCCAAAACAACUAGUUAUAAGGAUCCCUCGUGAUAAUUGAUCGAUAAUCGCGGCAGAUUUCGCAGAACACUCGGUGGUCGGCAAAGCUAAGCGCCACAGACGUUCCCACGAAAUUCGCCCCCUUUUGAUCGUCGCUUUGCUCGAUCCCCCUCCCCACCCUUCUGCCCGUCCCGCCGUCUCGCCCCUCCGCCGGCAGAAGCGUGUUGGGGCUCCGCGCGAGAGGUUCCUAUUCACGUCGGGUUCGAGGAGCCCAGGAGAAAAGUUACCCCCACUCCGGCGACACGCACCUAGUCUCGUUUCUUCCCCCCACCACGGAACCGGGCACGCGGUCGUGUGUCGUCCCGUGGUACUCCCGCACACGACAUACGUCGGCCGCCACGCGACCAGUGCACACGCAUGCGAGUGCAUCUCGCGAGCAGCGACACGCCAGCAGCCGCGUGCGACGAUAACCGUAACACUGCCCCGCGAGGAUCCGUCCAUCGAGCUUGGUAGCUUCUUCUUGCUCGUGCGCGCACGCGACCGCGACCGUCGCCAGGAAGCCGCGGCACGUGAGCUUCGAUAAACUUCCUACGAGUAACAAGUGUCCACCGCGAUUGCUCCUUUCGUUUACGUCCUGCGAGACGCCUCCGCGCGUGACGUGUCCCGAAUUCGUCCCUACGACUUGGACUCUUGUAAUCUAAGUCUAAGUCAUCGUGCUGUUCGUCGAACGUGGACUUUUUCGAGGAGUUUUGCUUCGAUUAGUGACUAGUUUCGAAUGUGCGAGGAAUACGCGAGGGUAAUAAUACGAGAGUGAAGAAGGUUAUUCGAAGUUAAGAAGGGAUUAUUCCGAGUACGAUGACGAUCGGUAUAUGCGAGCCUGUCACCUUUACGAGACCCACUUUGCGCACCAGGCCGGGACCAGGAAGACUCUUGUUCAGAUAGAACCUACGUACCUGGUUGUGAUACAGUCUUGACAUUUUUUAUAGAAAUUAAAGUUUCGUUUACGGAACACUCUACGCCGAGAAAAUAGAAGUUGUUUCGUGGUGUAAACAGUGUCGGUUCAAAGGUACCUCGUCUCGAUCAACCGAUCGACCAAUUGUUUUUAUCGAGUCUACACUGAAGCAACAUGUGGAGAGUAGUUGUGGCUCGUUCCGACGAAAACAGCACUCUGCUGUCGUCAGAGAUCGCUUCCGGGCCAGUGGGGCCCAGCCAUAUCCCCAGCCUCCCUGGACCACCCUCUGGUCAUCACUGGGGCUAUCCACCCCCGCCUCAUCCGUCUUAUCAGCCCCAGCAUCCCGAUAUGCGUCACCAUCACGACAUGCGUCCACCUCACGAGCUGAGACACCCCAGUAGCGCCGAUCUGAGGCCUCAAGAGCUCAGGCACGAGAUGCACAGGCCCGAUCUGAGGCACCCCGACAUGCAGAGGCACCAGGAGUUGCACAGACCCGAGAUGGCUAGGCACCAGGACAUCAGGCAUCAAGACAUGAUGAGGCCCGACCUGGGAACGGAAAUGAGGCCUGGUCACGAAUUUCCGGAGCUUAAGAUCGACGUUGCGGACUUGAGAAGUCAGGAGAGCGGUCAGCAGCAACAGCAACAGCAGCAACAACAGCAGCAACAGCAACAACAAUCGCAGCAGGGACAAGCUCAUCAACAGAGAAGCAUGAAGAGGGCCAUGAGCGACUCCGACUGCGACGACGUGUUCUCCGAGGAGAGCGGCAAGGAACCUUGCAACUCGCCCGGAGGCGAUUCCUGUCAACACGCGUCGCGAAAACGCAGGAGGGGUAUGAUCGAGAAGAAACGUCGCGACAGAAUAAACGCGUCCCUCGGCGAGCUGAGAAGAUUGGUGCCCGCCGCGGCGAGGGAUCCGCACAGCGGCAAAUUGGAAAAGGCGGAAAUUUUGCAGCUCACCGUCGAGCACCUGCGGACGCUACGAAAUAAAGGACCAGAGGGUUACGACAGCACGAAACUGGCAAUGGAUUACCACGCUGUAGGAUGGGGCGAGUGCGCAGCGGAGGUUGGUCGCUAUUUGGUAACGAUGGAGGGCCUGGACGAGCGGGAUCCUCUGAGGCUACGGUUGCUCUCCCACCUGCAGAGCUUCCACCGGGAGCACCCGCCGUCCGCGGUGCCCGCGACAGUUCCACCAGCCACGUCUCUGACGUCCACCACGUCCACGAGCAGCUACGAGCCCGCUAGCACCGUCUCCGCGGGCAUGCCGGCUGGAACGGGAACCAUGCCGCCCCUUCUGGGUGGCAGCGCCCUCGGAUGGAGCCAAUAUCCAGGACAGUAUCCUCAGCAGCAACACGGGAAACCCUACAGGCCUUGGGGAGCGGAGCUAGCCUAUUGAGAGACGAUAACCGGUUUGAUAACCUGGUUCGAGUUUCGAGAUGAAUCGCUGUGACGCGAAAAAGACGUUCACCUAGAGACUUGUAAUAGAGGAAAAUGGGAACGUGGUGGGAUAAACGUGUACAGGGGAGAUGGAGAAUAUGCCAUCUGGCUGGAAUUCGUGUUUAGAGAUCAGGGGAUCCGUUUAUUAUUUAACUCUAUCGAUUAAUGGCAUUACUGCGCUGCCUACACCCUCGCUCAUUAAUAUGUGGACACUACCUUGGAUGAGUAAUUAAUGUACACUGUAAAUUAUUACUAUACAACUUUUGUUGCUAAAUUCUAUAUUGGAUGUGUGUAUUCAACAAUAUUUAAUGAUAUUAAACGUUUCGAGAUAUUCAAUUUUAAAAUCAAAUAAUGGGGAUCGUUUAGAUAUGGGAAAGUUCAGAGAGAAUGUCGAAUAUGUCAAAAAUAUUAAGAAUGAAGUAUGAAAAAAUCAUAAGAUAAUAUUACUUCGGAUACAAUGGAGAUAUUAAUAGUAUCUUUAUAGUUUUUGUUAGUAUAUAAUAUAUAAAAAUAUAUUCGCAAGUGCGACAUAAAGAUAUCGAAACGUAAAUGAUAUAAUUGAUAUUAAUAGAUUCGCAACUUUUAUGAGAUAUUUAUUUCUGUUGUGUCCACAUACUUCUGAGCAGGGAUGUGUAUUCUUAUAAACAAGUCGGGACAGCAGGAUUUCAUAAACAGAAGUUGCAGUAGGAAGUCGUGUUCCUUAGCUUUAAAAAGUGGUUGUACAAAUCAUGGUUCACUUGGCAUACUUUUGUAACGCGACAAAUAUUUCUAUACAUCGACAAAACAAGUAGUAACAAAUAGGUCCUGUUCCACAACGACGGCGAAUAAUUUCAAUUAAUUUUAAGCGGUUAUGAAACACUCAAAAUUAAAACACUCAAAACGACAGACGUGUCUGAGCAUUUUACUUCAAGGUAUCAAAGUGCCAAAUUUAAGAUUUCAAUAAUACGUUUUAUUUUAUUUGAUCUAAAUUUACCAAUCCUUGUCGAAAAAGAUACCUUGGAUACGACGAUGCACGCAUGUACAAUAAUUUUCUCUGCUGCAUCUGAUUGCGAAAUAGAAGUAGAUUCAUUCAUAAAAGAAUUCAUCGAAGUAGAAACGGCUAGCAAUGGUCAGACACGAGUUUCAUAGACGAAUCGUUACUUUCGAUUUUAUUUUAACACGAAAAAUCACCCAAUCCCUCCGCCACGAAUUUUCCAGUACCCGGUGCAUUCGGCUCGGAAUAUUUUCAUCGAAAGUGGAAUUUUGUAACCACGGAUGAACGCGCAUUUCUGUUUACAGAAUUCAGGUUUCUAUAGAAAUUUCUAUGAAAACGUUCGAACUCGUCCCAGGAACGCUCAUCGAUUUUUCCCUACGUGUGAUAACCAAUGAUAGUCAUGCAAGUACGUACCUAAUAACAAACGAGAAAGAUAUUAUUUAUUCGUUUCGCUCGUUUACGCCGUGAAGUUUUACGGACGGGCGACGUUGUACAGUGUACAUAUUGUAAAUAAGGAAACGCGAUCUCGGUUGCUCGUCUAUUUAAUAAUUUUUCUUAUUCAUCGUUUGCAACGAAAGGCGACAAAAAAAAAAAAAGAAUCGACUGAAAUAACAAGUGCCAUUACGCAAAGAUGGGCAAAAUUCGAAUCUAAAUAAAAUUUUAACGAAUGAAGAGGAUGAGCAAGCAUACAUAUUAAUAAAACGGUGUACUUUGGUUCUAUUUGUUGUCUAUAGUUCGAACAAAAUUUUGCCCAUCUCUCUCAUUACGUAUGGGCUAUACAUACGCGUGGAAAAUACGUUCGAAUAUUUUUGCAACGAGGCUUUGUAAUAAAAUAAUGACACAAAAAACGAUAUUUCAAUUACCAUGCCUCAUCCUUUCCUCGCAGUAUAGACUAUUUGUCCAAAAAUCCCUUAGACACGAUAUUUUUAUUCGUUAAUUAAAUUACAUAAAGUUAGCCUCGAAAAGAUAUGAUGUUAGAUCUAAAACUCUUAAUUCCCGCGUUUUUUUAUAUUUUAUUUUCGAACUAGGGAAAUUCGUACCGAAAUAACAAAGUGAAAGACCGACGGUUUCCCCGAACGCUCGAAACGUGUCGGUGUUUUUCGUUUAAAAUAAAAAACAGUUUCAACUACGAAUUGCAAGGACCCAUCCCUUCUCUCCGUCGCACAUAGAAAACGAGAUUUACCACAUCCUCUCGAAUAGCGCGCGUAUUCUUAUGCAAAGGCGCACUUUGCAGCUUGCCCGAGCUAUUCGUCGCUAUAGAAGAACAAAGCAGGGCCGUUCUAUGGCCCCUUAGAACACGAACCAGUUACGCGUCUCGUUAAUCCUCCCGUAAAGAGCGCCUCCGCAAAAUGGGAAAUUCGCGAGACCGGUAACGAUCGAUGGGGAACAAUUACCCCGAACAAUUAGUUCGAAGGUUGUUUCCUUUUUUUUCUUCUUUUUUUUUUCUUUUUUACGUGGAUAUUCAGAAACCACGGGGGAGCAAAACUAAUUCCCGAGGAGGAGGAGGAGGAGGUGACUAGCGCCCCCCGAGCACGUGACCAUUGUUCGUACUCGAAUUAGCUCCAGCUCUUUGCGCUUAAUUCUCUUUAGGCACGAUUUCGGCGUCGAUAGUUGCCACUAAUUGCGCGAACGCGUGCUGGCUCUAUUGUUAAACGUUUCCUAUUUUGCGAAGUUGAGGAUACGCGAAAGGGUUGUCAGGAUAUUAUACAGGGAAUUUGAGGUAUCUUCUCGUGCUUUUUGUAACAGGGAAAAGUGUCGUAAGGAAACAUCGAUUCGGUGGGAAGCAUGCUACAGUCGGUGUAACAAGUAUUCGUACCAGGAACCAGUUCGAAAUAAAACUUCAUGUAUUUAGUUUAUUAAUAAGUUUUAGGGAAAGAAAUGAUUAACCGACAUUUAUCUAUAUAUUUUUGGAGCAGAUUUUGCGUAAAUUAAAGUCUGUUAGUUUUAAUGUUAACCUUUUAUUUCUUUUAUUUAUUUAAUUUUUAUUUGAUAUUGGUUUCUGGACGAAUACUUUUUACACUGACUGUAUGAUAGACAAAUUAUCCCGAGAUCACUGUGUCCGAGAUUUUGAGGUUAUUAGUCUUUAUUUUAAAUGUAAUGGGGUAUUUUUAUUAUUGCAUUCUUGCAACUGAUAAAAAGACCUUUGGAUAACCUCGUGGGAAGUUACUCUGAUUUUAAAGUUAUUUUUAUAAAACCAUACUCCAAUAAUAUAGACAAUCGAAUGUGCAUUGUUAUGACGUGCAAAACUUUGAUACAGUCGGUGAAAUAAGGAUUCGUAUAGGAAUCAUUUAUUAUUAAUUUAUUUUAUUUUAAUUGGUUGCUGUACGAAUACUUCUUACACUGAUUGUAAUAUCAAUUGGGGUAUUAUUGGAGCACGCUGGCAAUGACAGUAAUCUAGUGUAACUUCGCUCAGCGUAACGAACCUUCAGAUUGCAAAAUGACGAAUGACUUCACAGUUCCUUUUUGUACGAGCAACUUUUCGAAAUUUCUUUUA